AUUGAUUUUGCGGAGCUAACCCUGGAGGAGAUCAUCGGCAUUGGGGGCUUUGGGAAAGUUUAUCGUGCUUUCUGGGUAGGCGAUGAGGUCGCCGUGAAAGCAGCUCGCCAUGACCCCGAUGAGGACAUCAGCCAGACCAUAGAGAAUGUUCGCCAAGAAGCCAAGCUCUUUGCUAUGCUGAAGCACCCGAACAUCAUCGCCCUCAGAGGGGUGUGCUUGAAGGAACCCAACCUCUGCUUGGUCAUGGAAUUUGCUCGUGGAGGGCCUUUGAACAGAGUGUUAUCUGGGAAGAGGAUUCCCCCAGACAUCCUAGUGAACUGGGCUGUACAGAUUGCCAGAGGGAUGAACUACCUACAUGAUGAGGCAAUCGUCCCCAUCAUCCACCGAGACCUUAAGUCCAGCAACAUAUUGAUCCUGCAGAAAGUGGAGAAUGGAGACCUGAGUAACAAGAUCCUGAAGAUCACUGACUUUGGGCUGGCUCGGGAAUGGCACCGGACCACCAAGAUGAGUGCGGCAGGAACAUAUGCUUGGAUGGCACCGGAAGUCAUCCGUGCUUCCAUGUUUUCCAAAGGCAGUGAUGUGUGGAGCUAUGGAGUGCUGCUGUGGGAGCUGCUGACUGGCGAGGUACCCUUCCGAGGCAUCGAUGGCUUAGCAGUGGCAUAUGGAGUGGCCAUGAACAAACUCGCCCUUCCUAUUCCUUCUACAUGUCCAGAACCUUUUGCCAAACUCAUGGAAGACUGCUGGAAUCCCGACCCCCACUCACGUCCAUCUUUUACGAGUAUCCUGGACCAGCUCACGACCAUAGAAGAGUCUGGUUUCUUUGAGAUGCCCAAGGACUCCUUCCACUGUCUGCAGGAUGACUGGAAACAUGAGAUUCAGGAAAUGUUUGACCAACUCAGGGCCAAAGAAAAGGAGCUCCGCACCUGGGAGGAGGAGCUGACUCGGGCUGCUCUCCAGCAGAAGAACCAGGAGGAGCUGCUGCGCCGUAGGGAGCAGGAACUGGCGGAGCGGGAGAUCGACAUCCUAGAACGAGAGCUCAAUAUCAUCAUCCACCAGCUGUGCCAGGAGAAGCCCAGGGUGAAGAAACGCAAGGGCAAGUUCAGGAAGAGCCGGCUGAAGCUCAAGGAUGGCAACCGCAUCAGCCUCCCCUCCGAUUUCCAGCACAAGUUCACGGUGCAGGCCUCUCCCACCAUGGAUAAAAGGAAGAGUCUCCUCGGCAGCCGAUCGAGCCCUCCUGCAAGCCCCACCAUCAUCCCCCGCCUUCGAGCCAUCCAGUUGACACCAGGUGAAAGUAGUAAAACCUGGGGCCGGAGCUCAGUUGUCCCAAAAGAGGAAGGGGAGGAGGAGGAGAAGAGGGUCCCAAAGAAGAAGGGCCGAACAUGGGGACCAGGAACCCUUGGGCAGAAAGAGCUCACCUCAGGAGAUGAAGGAUCCCCUCAGAGACGGGAGAAAUCUAAUGGCUUAAGCACCCCGUCAGAGUCUCCACAUUUCCACUUGGGCCUCAAGUCCCUGGUAGAUGGAUACAAACAGUGGUCAUCCAGUGCCCCCAACCUGGGGAAGGGCCCGAGGAGUAGUCCCGCCCUGCCUGGGUUUACCAGCCUUAUGGAGAUAGAGGAUGAAGAUGAAGGCCCAGGAAGUGGAGAGAGUCAUCUACAGCAUUCACCCAACCAGUCCUACCUCUGUAUCCCAUUUCCUCGUGGGGAGGAUGGGGAUGGCCCCUCCAGUGAUGGAGUUCAUGAGGAGCCCACCCCAGUCAACUCAGCCACUAGUACCCCUCAGCUGACGCCAACCAACAGCCUCAAGCGCAGUGGGACCCAUCACCGGCGCUGCGAAGUGGCUCUGCUUGGCUGUGGAGCUGUCCUGGCAGCCACAGGUCUAGGGUUUGACUUGCUGGAAGCUGGCAAGUGCCAGUUGCUUCCGCCAGAGGAGCCUGAGCCACCAGCCCGGGAAGAGAAGAAGAGGCGUGAGGGUCUUUUCCAGAGGGCCAGCCGCCCUCGUCGGAGUACCAGCCCCCCCUCCCGAAAGCUCUUCAAGAAGGAAGAGCCGAUGAUGUUGCUAGGAGACCCCUCUGCCUCCCUGACACUGCUCUCUCUCUCCUCCAUCUCCGAAUGCAACUCUACCCGCUCGCUGCUGCGCUCUGACAGUGAUGAGAUCGUAGUGUAUGAAAUGCCAGUCAGUCCAGUUGAAGCUCCACCCCUCACCCACAACCCUCUGGUUAAUGUCCGAGUGGAGCGCUUCAAGCGAGACCCCAAUCAGUCCCUGACUCCCACCCAUGUCACCCUCACAGCCCCCACGCAGCCGAGUGGCCACAGGCGGACUCCUUCUGAUGGAGCACUUAAGCCCACAGGGGCCCCUCCAGCAGUAGCAAGCCGGAGCCCCUCCAGCAAUGGGAUGAGCCCCAGUCCUGGGACAGGAAUGUUGAAAACUCCCAGUCCCAGCCGAGACCCAGGUGAAUUCCCCCGUCUCCCUGACCCCAACGUGGUCUUUCCCCCAACUCCAAGGCGCUGGAACACACAACGGGACUCCACUUUAGAGAGACCCAAGACCCUGGAGUUUCUGCCUCGGCCACGUCCUUCUGCCAACCGGCAGCGGCUGGACCCUUGGUGGUUUGUGUCCCCCAGCCAUGCCCGCAGCGCCUCCCCAGCCAACAGCUCCAGCACAGAGACUCCCAGCAAUCUGGACUCCUGCUUCGCCAGCAGCAGCAGCACUGUAGAAGAGCGGCCUGGACUGCCAGCCCUGCUCCCUGUACAGGCAGGGCCAUUGCCCCCUGCUGAGCGGACGCUUCUGGAUCUGGAUGCAGAGGGGCAGAGCCAGGAUAGCACUGUGCCUCUGUGCAGAGCCGAACUGAAUGCACAUGGGCCUUCCCCUUUUGAGAUCCAGCAGGAGUUCUGGUCUUAG